AACGAAAACUGUGCCAGACCAAAAGCCUCGCCUCGCGUUUCAGCUGGUGUGCAUCUUGUCUCGCUUCUCGCUCCGCACUCCUAUCCCUGCAGCAGCAGCAGGGCGAUUGCUCGCUCCAUUGCUUCUGGGAUCAGCAGGAGAUUAUCCCUCUCUUUCACCCCUUCGCUGGGUCCCUGCCGUCCUCCGCCUCCUCUUCUCUCUCGACACCACCUGCUUCCAGAGCCCUCGAUAGGCAGCAUUUUCUUCUCAACGGGUGCAGUGAGAGCAUUUUUGCAGAUUAGGGGAGACCGCGACGGGUACAGCCAGAGUGAAGGCCUGUGGAGUCUUAUCGCAUUUGGUUUGCAGUGCUUUGUUUGAGGGGGAAGCGGGGACGGCGUAGGCCUUCGUGGUCCUUAGGAUUUUUAGCACCCCGAAAAUAGUUUUUGGCGAUAUCCGAAGGUGGUGGAGGCUUAUGGACUUGCUCUCUUCACAGGGCUGAGUAGCGGUAUUGCAGUGUUGAUGUGGUGGUUUGGUAGCUGAGGAGGCGUCUGCGAGGAGCAGCAGCGGAGAAGAGAGCUAUACCUACAGUAGAGCGCUGUGAACUGUGAGUACCGUAACAGACAAAGCGUCCAAGAUGAAGGUGGCAGUGGUUGGAGUCGGAGUAGCUGGUCUCACAGCUGCCCACACGCUUGCGUCUGCUGGCAUCCAGGUAACCCUGUACGAGAAAGAGGAUUACGUAGGGGGACAUGCCCGGACAAUCCACGAUGUAGGAAUUGGCCUCGAUACGGGCUUCAUGGUCUUCAACCGAGUGACCUACCCGAACAUGAUUGAUUUCUUCGAACAAGCUGGAGUGGAGAUGGAGGAAUCCGACAUGUCAUUCUCUGUCAGUUUGAAUGGAGGCAAAGGGUGUGAAUGGGGCAGCACCAGCUUGGGUGGGUUAUUUGCACAGAAGCGCAAUAUGAUCAACCCUUUCUUCUUCCAAAUGAUACGCGAAAUCGUCCGGUUCAAAGACGAUGUGCUCAGUUACCUGGAGAAAAUAGAGUCGGGAGACGAGAGUAUCCGUCAGGAUGAAACGCUCGGCGAAUUUCUCGCCUCGCACAAGUACUCCAAUAAAUUCCGCGAAUGUUACUUGGUGCCAGUGUGUGGCUCAAUCUGGUCGUGCUCAUCCGACGUUGUUCUCGGAUUCUCAGCGGCUUCUAUCCUUACUUUCUGCAAGAACCACCAUCUACUGCAGCUAUUCCAGCGUCCACAAUGGUUGACCGUGAAAGGCCGUUCUGAAACGUACGUGGCUAAGAUGGUUGCAGGGCUUGAAGCUGCAGGAGCCGACAUUCGGACAAGCUGUGAAGUAAAGCGAAUUAGUAGUAUCGCUGGAGGUGUUGAGAUAGAGGAUGCACGUGGAGGAGUGGAAGUGUUUGAUAGAUGUUUAGUAGGAUCCCAUGCUCCAGACGCCUUGCAGAUGUUGGGUGAAGGUGCUACGCACGAGGAGCGUACAAUUCUCGGUGCUUUUCAGUAUAGUCCCAGCACUAUAUAUCUUCACAGAGACGAUAAAUGGAUGCCUCGGAAUCAGGCAGCAUGGUCUGCUUGGAAUUUCUUGGGUGACUCCAGUGGUCAAGUUUGUGUCAGUUACUGGCUCAAUAUUCUCCAGAACCUGGGCAACACGGGAAAACCAUAUCUUGUAACUCUGAAUCCCACGGAGGAACCCAGACACAUUGUUAAUGUCUGGAGGACUAGCCAUCCCAUUCCUUCUCCAGGGGCUGCUAAAGCUGCCAAAGCUUUCGGGAGCAUCCAAGGCAAGCGUGGUAUAUGGUUUUGCGGGGCUUAUCAAGGUUACGGCUUUCACGAGGAUGGACUUAAGUCAGGCUUGGAAGCAGCUUUCGAUUUGCUUGGUACCCAAUUCAAGCCAUUACCACUUGUCAAACAAAUGGUUCCCACGUACCUCGAAUCUGCUACCCGUUUGGUGGUGACAAGUUUCUUGCGCAAAUUUAUCCGCACCGGCCAUGUUCAAUUAUUUGAGGCUGGAGGAACAGUGUUUAAUUUCUUCGGUGAGGAGAAAGGUUGUACUUUGAAAACUAGCUUGCGUGUCUCCGACCCUGCAUUCUACUGGAAGAUUGCUACAAGACAGGAUCUGGGCUUGGCUGACGCUUACAUAGAUGGAGACUUCAGCUUUGUGGAUCCUAAAGAGGGUCUCCUCAAUUUCUUGCUUAUUAUAAUCGCUAACCGGGACAUUGAUCGCUUGUUUUCAAGUAAAUCUUCGGUAAAUCCUUGGUGGAGCCCAGUGCUUCUCACAUCUGUAUUGGGCUCAGCUACGUCUUAUUUCCGGCACAUGAUGCGCAAUAAUUCCCUUACCAACACACGCCGCAACAUAUCUCAACACUAUGACUUGAGCAACGACAUGUUCUCUUUGUUUUUGGACGAGACUAUGACGUACUCCUGCGCAAUUUUUAAGGGACCUGAUGAACCCUUAGUUGAUGCUCAGAUGCGUAAAAUCAACCAUCUCAUCGAUAAGGCGCGGGUUGAGAGCACACAUGAGGUGCUGGAGAUAGGCUGUGGUUGGGGAGCUCUGGCAAUUCAACUGGUGCGCCGCUCCGGUUGCCGAUACACUGGCAUCACAUUAUCGCAGGAGCAGCUUGACUACGCUCAAGCUCUUGUCAAAGAGGCCCGUCUAGAGGACAAAAUCACGUUUCAGUUGGUCGAUUACCGAAAUGUACAGGGUUUCCAUAAGUUCAACCGUAUCAUCUCUUGUGAGAUGUUGGAGGCAGUGGGGCACGAGUACUAUGCAGAAUGGUUCAGACGGUGUGACACUCUCCUUGCCAAGGAUGGCCUUGUUGUCGUUCAGGUAAUUUCAAUACCGGAGGAACGUUACGAUGGUUACCGACAAAGUUCUGACUUUAUUAAAGAGUACAUUUUCCCCGGUGGCUGCCUACCAUCUUUUGCCGCCCUUACGACAGCAAUGAGUUCUGGUUCCUCUUUUUGUGUGGAGCAUAUGGAGAAUAUUGGUAUUCAUUACUGCGAGACUCUGCUCAGAUGGCAAGAGCAAUUCACGAGGAACCGCAACAAAAUCAUGAAACUUGGUUUUGGUGAAAAAUUCAUUCGUACGUGGGAUUACUACUUCUUUUAUUGUGCUGCUGGGUUCAAGUCUUGCACGCUUGGAGUUCUACAGAUUGUAUUUUCAAGACCAGGUAACGAGGCCUUCUUAGGCUGCCCCUACGUGUCCUUCCCAACUGCAUAACUCUUUUACGUUAUCCCAACAAAGAGAAGAUGUUCAUCGUCCAUUUUGUGCACAUAGUUGACUAAGCUGUUUGUUCAUAAGUAGACACACGGGAGACAUAGAAAAUGGGCAAUGAGUAAGGAUAUUGAAUUUAAUAGCCUGAUGGAGAUGGCUUUGCUGCGGAGCGUCGUAUUUGAAUGACAGCUGCUGUGGUAAAUCCUUUUGUAUAUUUUCGGAUCAUAAAGUGGUUCUAAUGCUCUAGUCUCCAGCAGAAUUUAAGUAUUUAUUUGAGUUAAGAUAUUUUUGUGACGUGGGUAGUUCCUGAAACUGGAAUUGAGAGAAGUCAGUUUGUGAAUGAAGUUAUAAAGUAACUUCACUGUUGAAUUCUCCUUCCAAGUGAAAGUCUGAACUUUUAAUAAAUAUCAGCCUGUGAAGGUGAGAAAUAAUUAAGUCUUUCA